AUGAAUGUUUCAAUUGAGUUAGAUAAUACUUUUGGAAAUAUUGUCUAUUAUCUUCAAAUUUCUCAAAUAUAUACUUCAGCUGUUGCUAUAAUCAUUUCAAUUUUUAUUUUUAUAUUUUUUUGCAAACGUAAUGUUUAUCAUGAUAACUUCCGUGUUCUAAUAUUUGGCUUAAUUGUAUCUCUAAUUACAAAUAAUAUUUUGAUUUUAAUUCAUUCAAUUAAAAGUUAUCAAAAUGAACCAUUUGUUGAAAUUCAAAUUGUUGAUGAAUAUAUUUCUGAUAAAUCAUUGAAAGGUAAUAUUCAUGUUUGUGAUAAAUAUUCACCAAUUCCUUUUCCAUUAAUGCUUAUUUAUGUUACAACUUUAAUUGCACUUUCUGUUGAAAGAUGUGCUGCAAUGCGUUUAUUAGGAAGAUAUGAAAAAAUUCAAUUUUGUGAAAGUAUGCUUGCUUUUUUAAUUCCUUUAUGGCUCUUUAGUACUGUGUUAGCAGGAUAUGAUUAUAUAUCUUCACGUGAUAUUGAGGAAAAAAAAUUAUUUGAUUUUUGCCAUAAUACAAUUGUUCAAAAUAACUUUAUAGAUUUUUCAUUUCCAUUUAUUUUUUCAUUAUCUCCUCUUUUAAUAAUUACAUGGAUAUUCAUUAAAAAUUAUUACAAUGCAAAAUUAAAAAUUGCAUUUAACAAUGACAGUAUAGAGGAUUACCUAUCUACUCGUUUUCAAAUGAUAGAAAAUGUAAGAAGUAAUGCUUUAUUAGCAAUAUUUAGUUCAUUAUUAUUAAUAAUAGCAUCUCUCUUUACAUUUGGUCUUUCAACAAUACAAAAUCCAACACCCAAGACAAUUAGUUUCUUUGUAGAAAUGACAAACAUCUUGUUCUCAAUAUCUACAGUAAUAUUUUAUAUUUCAAUGAUCCAAUUAACUCCAAGUUUUACCAAGAAAUUUAUAAAAUAUUUUGUUGCAUGUAUGAAAUUUAUUUUAUCACUCUUUAUAGCAAGAAGAUACAAUUGUAUAAAUAUGAUAAAAAAAGUUUAA